GUCGCUUAUCACCUUAAAAAACUGCAGCACCAGUUCACGUGUAAGCUGCUACGUGACGUAGAAAGGCUGCAGGGCGAAGGAACCAGGAUGUUUAUGUUAAAAAUAAACAUUUGCUUUAUUUGUUUUCACAACUGCUUUCUUACGUAAUUUCCCAUGGGUCCGUGAACGCUUCUCGCAAUAGAGCGGAUACAAUUAACCCUCUGAACAUCCAAGGAUGAUCUCACACAUUCAGGGAGAUUUAUGCAAGUUUUCCCCUCAUAGGUUGAUGUUCCCUUCAAUAUGUAGUCGUUUUUACCUGCACAACAACCCCGUAAUUGUGCUCUAUUUAUAGAAGACUCCAUGUGUUAUCUAUUUGCCAGCCUUAGAUGAAUAUUUAAAUGUAUUCAUGCAGUAUAAAUGUUCCUCCUCUGCCUCACAUGUUUCUGUGUCUGCAGGCAUCAUGGAAGCAGCUGUGCCUGAGCAUGAUGCAGCAGCAGUAACUGGGGAAUACAUCCAGCUGUAAACAGAGAACAGAGAGUGCUCCCUUUCUCUCCCCCCCUCCCCACUCUCUCUCUCUCUCUCCUCUCUCUCUGUCCAUCCAUCCUUCUAUCUGUCCUCCUGACUGCAGUCUACAUACAGUGGCACACUCCUCCUCCUGCUGCUCUGUGAUACAACCGAGUGGGAGGAACAGCUCUCUCUGUUUUGCCUCAAAAAAAAGGGGGGGAGAAAAAAAAUGACGAGACGUCUUCCUGGAUCUGCUGCAGCAGAGGUGGAUCUGGCGUCCUGACUUCUGCACUGCACAAUCCUUCCACUUUGCUCAGACUGACUAAUGUGAUAAAAAGAAGGAGAGUUGGAAGACACGGAGGAGACAGAAGGCACAGAGAAGAGGGCGGAAAAGAACCAUAGUAGGGUGAGGGGGUGUGGGUGAUAUCAGAUUAUAAACAGAAAAGGAGAGUUAUAUGGCAGAGGGGGAGAGAGAGAUGGAGGGAACAUUAGAUAGAGUGAGUCACACCGCAGUAGGAUGAGGGCUACGGAGAAAGACGGAGCCAAGAAGCAUUCAAGGUGCCACUCUUUUGCCCGACACUCGGGAUCUGUUUCUUUGUAGGAAGGGGCAAGAAGAAUAAUCCACCGUGGAGACGAGAAGGAGAAGAAGAAGGGGGGUCGAGGAGGAGGAAGCCAGGGGUUCCACACACAAGAUGGCUGCUGUGUCCUCUGCUUCUGACUCUGUUGACCCCCGGGGCCGCCAUCCCCCCGAGCGUAGACUGCUCAUCCUGGGGGGCCCACAGUCCGGCAAAACCUCCACAGCCAACACCAUCCUGGGGGAUGAGGUCUUUGAUGCCGGGACAGAGACGACACACAGCAAUGUGGGCCACACGGAGAUGUACGGCCGACGUGUCACCGUGGUGGAUACCCCACCCUGGGCGAUCCCAGUCGACGCUGACGAUGACACAGAGGAAAACAAUAACGACAACGCUGGCGCAGAGUCGGACAAUCCGCCACGCCCCGUGCCGAGCCUGGACAGUGAGGGGCCCUGCAUGGGGGCCAUUCUGUGCCCCCCCGGACCUCAUGUGAUACUGCUGGUGGUGUCGGUCACUCAGCCUUUCACCGACAUCCACAGGAGGGCGGCGGAUGAGCAGCUGGGGGCCCUGGGUGGAGGCACUUGGAGGUACUCUAUGGUGCUCUUUACCGGGGUGGACAAGCUGCCCAAAGGGGUCUUCAUUGAGGAGCACAUAUCCAACACUGGAGAAGCCCUGCAGUGGUUGGUGGAGAGGUGUGGGAGCAGGUAUCACGCCUUUGACAACACACUCAAAGAGACCGACGAUACCACACAGGUACCUGAGCUGAUGGAAAAGGUGGAGGAAAUGAUCACCGACAACCAAGGCUGGUACUUUGAGGUGAACGAGCUGAUUUUACUGGAGGAGGAACAGGCCAGGAGAGCCCUGGAAGAAGAGCGGAUGAGGAUGGAGGAGCACGCCCGACAGAGGGAGCAGAUGAUUGGAGGACCUCCCAGAGAGCUCCGGUUGCUUUUGUUGGGCUGGAAGGGUGUUGGAAAGAGUUCUGUGGGGAACUCCAUCCUGGGGCGUCGGUAUUUUGAAUCAGGCCAGGAGACGGAUCUGUGCCUCCGCAGGCAGGCCCUCGUAUCAGGCCGCCGGGUCACUAUAGUGGACACCCCAGGUUGGGACUGGUUCUCAGUGGGGCGUACACCUAAACGUAUUCGCCAGGAGUCCCAGCGGGGCGCCGCCCUCCUGCGUCCUGGACCUCACACACUGCUGCUGGUCCUCCCCGUCGUCUCGUCCCUCACGGCCAGGAAGAGGCGAACACUCCUGUCCCACUUAGAGACGCUGUUCGGGGAAAACGCCUGCCUCCACACCAUGGUGCUCUUCAGCUGUGGUGAUUGGCUGGGUCGCACGCCCAUUGAAGACCACAUCCUCAGAGGUGGGCGGGAGCUGCAGAGACUACUUGAAUACUGUGGAAACUAUUACCACGUCCUGGACAGUAAGACCCCCGGGAAAGACCGCAGCGUGUCGGUCCUGCUGGACAAGAUCGAGGAGAUGAUCCGGGAGAACGGAGACAAGGCCUUCCUCCCCAUUCAGAUCGAGUGGCUGAGCGAGGAGAGCUCUUACUCCUCUGACAACACAGAGCCUGAAGAUGACUGUAGAGGAUGCCAGCUGCAGUGAUGGACCUGACCUAAAGGACAAACAUCACCUCAUGUAACACUAACCUCAUCUCCUUUCAACUCUGUGGAGCUUUAGGGAAAAACAAAACUGCAGACAGUUCGGAGCAAGUGUCUCUAACUGAGUGACUCCAGGUUAGAAAAUGAAAAGAAGUGAACUGUAAACAAUCUCAUCCGAGACUUAAUGUUCAUUCACAAAAGCCUGGUUCAGACCUGAGAGGAAGAAGAGAGGGGUUUUUACCUCCUACCUCUGGUGAAGGAGAGCUGAGUAAAGAAUUACUCACUGUUUGAUCUACAAAGAUAUUUUUUUGAAAGUAAAAAGUAAAAAACGACAGGAUCUGUCAAAGUUAAAGGAACAGGACGACAUUUUCUGUUCUCUACAGAAGGAACGUAAAAUAUUCCUCCCAAACGUCUGAUUGGUCGAGCUCAGGGUCUUCAGCUGAUUCAUUCAGAGCAAAAUCUGGCUCGAUAAAUAAAAGACAAAUCAAUGAAAGUUAAAAAUGUACAGACGUGGGUCACAUAAUAAUUAAAAUCCUUUUUUUUCCUGUGAGUAUUCGCUUCGCAACGAAAAAGGGGCUCAGUCUUUACGCUGAGGUUAAAACCGAUGACGUUGAUAUUCUUGUGCCAAAAAAAAAGUGCUAAAACAGUCAGGAAAUAAAUAAAUAUAUAUGUAUAUUUUUUACCUCGCUUUCCCUGUAGCAUUCAGGCAAAAGCUGAGCUGAGUUGAAAACCCCCCAAAGCUGUUCUGAGACUGUGCAGACCUCAGAUCCCCGUGGAGCUGCUCGGGCUGGCUCUGCCUCCCCGUUUGUUGUCAUGAAUAUGGUGCAUUAUUGACAAGGUUACACUUGGCCACGUGCCUCAGCAUCAAAGCUGUAGAGCGGCCCUCCGGCUGGGCAGCAUCCUCUGGGCUACAUCAAGGCUUAAGCAUGCUACAAGCAACAACAUGACCUCAUUCUCAUGAACAUAGGGCUUCACUACCUUCGACAUCUGUGACACAUUGGUCCCUGUCAUUUGAUGGGACGCAACAAAAGAAGAAAAAAAAACUCAGCUCUCAGAGGCAUGUUAAGACACCGCAUGCAGCUAAACCAGUGCCUACGUAGACGAAGGCAGACUCACCCCUCGUUCACUUGCUUGAGCAGGUUUAUGUAAAUUGCUGAUACAACAUAACAACCCUCUACUUUUAACAGCUGCAAAAAAAAGAAAAGAAAUAAGUAGGAAAGAAAGAAUUCACACACUUAAACAUAUAAGAGGCGAGGUUCUUUCAAGGACACGGACCACUGCACAUUUCUUUUUCCCUUUUUUAUCCAACCUGUCAUAUUAAAUAGUGGAGAAAAUAAUACUUAGUGCAUUAAAGUGUCAAGUGCUGAAGGCUCAGCCUGGAGUAAAACAAAUGUGCAGUUGUCCCAAUGCUUAUGGUCUGGACCGUCGAGUGUGUGGCCAAUACCACUGUCAUGCUGUAAAGUUUGAUUAGUUAAAGAGAGAAAAAAUAUAUAGAUAUAGAUAUAUAAUAAGAAAGCCUAUAAAAAUUCCAGACAGUGCUUCUUUUGUGCUUUACCGACUCUGUGCUUCAUCUUUAGUGAAGUAGGCUGCUGCAGCACUUAGUGUGACGAGCAUGACUUUUUCAAGGUAUUCAUUCGGAGUCUUAGUCCCAGCUCCACCUGUGAACCUGUGGUGUAGGCAGUGUACAGUAUAUUUACAUUGUAAAAUAAGAAAUAUAUAUUAGGCUUUUAGCAAAGCAUUUUGCACUGUGUAUCACUUUACCGUAGCCAAAGUGGCAUUACUUCUCCCUGUGUGGUCCUCUGUACACGGUGACAGCAUCAUCUGUACUCUGUUCAUCCCCCAGGCAACAAAAAUAAAAAGGUGUGGAUUCACUCAUCUGUUCAUUAUUUAUUUAUUCUAUUAACUCGUGCUUUUUUGUUCUUAAAAUACAAAAAUACAUUUGCUAUGCUGUCCUAAAUUAUGUUGACAGAUGGGGACUUACGCAGUAUUGCCACUAGGUGGGAAUGUUGCUAGCAAAAUGGUCUGCAACCUAUUAUCCCUCUACAGACGAGGCAUAUUUUUAAAUUUACAAAUUGUGCUAAAUGCUAACUAAAUCGAGUUUGAUUACUAAAUUAUUGUCUGUAAAUGAGAGAAUUUUUUAAAAUCCUAAAAAACUAAUGAUUAAUAAAAUAUCAGAAAUGCAUUAUUGCUGUUAGAAAGUUGACAUAAAUGUUGCAAAAGAACUAGAAGAUAACAAUAACAAUAAUAAGUUAGCCCAAAAAUUGUCGUUUUUCUAGUGAAUACAAAUUAGCUUAAUGCUAACAUAAAGACAGUAAGAGAUUGGCAUAAAGUAUGGGGGGGUGCUAUGGUAAUUUCUAACAUUAACACAAAGACAGCUCAUUGUUAUGCAACAAAACUGAGGUCAUCAUUUUUGACCUUGACUGUACGCUGUCCUUAACUGAUACCGAUUGAGAACGGAACAUUGUGUUUUUCAUAACGUAGUAAUCUAAAUUCUUACUUCGUGCUCAUGACUACAGGUAUUUGCAUGGCACUGUAAUUAAAGAGUAACUUGUGCGUCUGUGUAUUAUUUUGAGUGUUGAUUAUAAUUAGCAACGUGUUCAUUAUCAAGAUUACUAUGUUCUGCGCGUCAAAAAGUGAAAAUUAGCCUGGAGCGAGACGUGGUUUAAAUGGUUUUCUCUGUGUACAUAGGUCUCCAAACUGAUUUAACUCCACAUAUAGAUCAUCGUGUAACUAUCUGGACUAAGGCCUGGACCAUUUACUGUGUGGGCAUCUUUCACUGAAUGCUCCCAGUUUCCUUUAAAUUAUUGUUUCUGGUCUAGCAGUAAUCAGCAGUUUCAUGCUCCCCUCACUUUCUCCCACAGGCUGUAACAAGCAUAGGGUUUUUCCUAAAAGUUCACUGCAGCGUCACAGAGAACAGUGGAGGGAAAAAAACAUGCAUAAAAUGGCAUCAUUGUUUCUCCAUCAAAUAGCAUUUUAACUUCACGUGACUGUCAGUUGAUAGAGAGAGUCAUGCAUUGGCAGUACUUACUGGUCAGGUGGCCUUCAUUAUCCUCAUCCCUGUGUGUGUGUACGUGGGAUUGAAAUUCAAAGAGGAUCCGCUCCAGACCUUAAACAUUUAUGGAAUGACAUUGUAAAUUAUGAUCAGAUGAGAGGAAACAUCUUUGUGAUUAAAGUAAUGUUCUAAACAGAUUAAACAACACUGUGAUCCUGAUAGGGCUGUGUUUCUGGACUGAGCCUAGUAUCAGUAGCUUCUCUGUAGAGUAAAACUCUGGUUUGGUGUCAAGGCUGGUGUGUCACUUGACCUUAAACAGGUCAGGUGAUCACAAAAAUAUCCCAUGGUCACAGAUUGCCAUGCUAUGCUCUGUGGGGUAGCCAGGCUGCCACCCCUCUACAGCCAGACCAGAGGGCCUGUUUGCUAGUUACAGGAAGGUGGCCCCACCUGUGAUCACGUUCAGGGCUGUGGGAGAAAAAAAAAAUCACAUUUGAUUUGAUCCCUUGAUAUUUAAAUUACCUCCAUUAUGGCCCAGGGGUUGGCUCUCUGCACUUCCUUUAAGAUACCUGUAUCAGAAAAAGAUAUGGAGGGUAUACAUAUAUUAUAUGUAAACGUGCUGAAAACUAUUGUCCAGCAAUGUUUAAUAAAGUCAAAUGUAUGGUACUGAGACAUUCAAUGUUGUCAAUAUUUUGUUGUACAUUUUAUAUGUCAUGUCACCCCUGCUGCACAUCCUCUAAUUAUUAAAUAAUUUCAAACAAUGAAUAGAGUGCUAAGCAAAAUCCAACUCUAUGAAAGGUCACCUUGUUCUAUAAAGGACUGAAUGUAGCUAGUUCAUAUGGAGAUUAAGAUAUAAAUGUUAUUGAACUAAUAAAAUUUCCCACAUCCCACCAAGAAAUCAUAGAUAAACAGAAAUAGACUUUAAAAAGUUUUAUUAAGAGCAUAAUACAGGAGUGUGAUUACACUUGUCUUUAGACUUUAAUAAGAAGACUUACUGGCAAAAAAAAUAUGAUAUAUACAUUACAAGACACAGCACAAAAGUUAAUUGAAUAUUUGUUUUUUAAAUUUAU